AUGGAAACCCCCGACUCAAACCAAUACUCGUCUAGUUCGUUUAGCCCAGUGCAGGUACAUAGCUCAGUAACGGAAGCAGAGCUCGGCGAACUUGGCGAAUGUAACGACGUAGCCGUCAUUGGCAUGGCCUGCCGUGUGGCCGGUGGAAACCACAGCCCCGAACAGCUAUGGGAGUCUAUCCUGGCGAAACGAGACGCUUCGUCCGAGAUCCCAGCUAUGCGAUGGGAGCCCUACCGCCACCGUGACGUCCGCAACAUCAAAGCGCUCGAUAACACAACAUCCCGUGGAUACUAUCUGGAUGCCCUGGAGGACUUCGACCCGAGCUUCUUUGGGAUUUCGCCUAAGGAGGCUGAGCAGAUGGACCCGCAGCAGCGUAUCUCUCUCGAAGUAGCGUGGGAGGCACUGGAAUCUGCAGGCAUAGAUCCUAAGAGCCUCUCCGGAUCUGACACUGCCGUAUUUAUGGGUGUGAACUCUGAUGAUUAUGGGAAGUUGCUGUUGGAGGAUCUGCCUAAUAUCGAGCCCUGGUUGGGUAAGUUCUGUUAA